AUGGUUAAUGAUGAGCGUGAUUCGCACGGGAUGCCGCAAGCUGGAUUCAUAAUAGAGCAUCAAAACAGUGACCUUAAAUGGAAAAUUCUUCGAAAUAUUUACUCUGGACCAUUUUCUGAUGUUUAUGUUAUAGCCGAUGUUAAAACUGAGACAAAGUAUGCAAUGAAGUGCGAAAGGCAGGAAGGAAAUGCUAGACCAGUCCUCAAAUUGGAUGUCAUGGUUUUAAUGGCUACAAAAGGAGUUCCAGGAUUUCCACAGUUCAUUGCAGCGGGUCGUACACAUUUAUACAGAUAUUGUAUUAUGCAAUUAGUUGGCCCAGAUUUGGGAAGAUUACGUAGAACGAGACCAGAUAGAAAGUUUUCGGUGUCUACAGCUCUUCAAAUUUUAGAUCAAACGCUAAAACGACUUGAGGAUAUGCACGAUCGGGGGUGGUUAAAUCGAGAUGUUAAAGCUCCAAACUUUGCAAUUGGUGUUGGUGCUGACGAACGAACGGUGUAUAUGCUGGAUUUUGGAUUCGCUAGAAAAUUUAAAGAUGCCGAUGGAAAAAUUAUACCGCCAAGAAGCGCUGCCGCUUUAAUGGGAACAUUCCAAUAUUGUGCAGUCUCUGCUCAUUCACACAAAGAUCAAUGUGCUAAGGAUGAUUUGGAAAGCUGGUUUUACAUGGCUGUUGAGCUUCUUAAAGGUCCCUUACCAUGGGCUUCAAUUGAUGGUCAUAAAAACCACAAGCUUAUCGGAGAACAAAAAAUGUUAAUAAGAUCUGAGCCAAAACGUUCAGAAUUCUUUGAAGACGUUCCGAAGCAAUUUAUUAAAAUAUUAGAGCUUAUCGAUAAUACUGGUUUUUUCGACCGUCCAGAUUAUGCAAAAAUUCGUCAAAUUAUUUACGACGUGGCCAAGGAAAAGCAUAUUACUAUGCAAGAACCGAUGGAUUGGGAAAAUAAUAAACGAAUGCAAAUGAAAGCGAACUUCGUUGGUGAACUCGGAGAAUCACAUCAGGCAUCAAGUCGCUUGGACCAGAAGGAAGGCAACACAAAUGAUACAAUGGAUAUUGAAUUCGAACUUGCUGAUGAGACUCACCUUGACAAGGAGGAAACACCGCGUGAAAAUGAUAAAACAUCUUCGAAAGAGGCAAAACACGUUGAGAAAGGUAGUGCUAAUACGAACAACGAGGCAACACCACCUCUUUAG